GUGUACUUGUGAGACAUGUAACAGCAGAUACAAGACCUCAAACAUGGCAGUAACUAUCCCGGGUGGACGAACGCCCAUGCGGCCCCAAAACCCAGCCGCCUUUAGCGUUGUGGCCGGAGCAGCUGCGGCAUGGAUGGCCUUUAGAUGGUACUCGCCCUCGAAACCGGAGCCAAAAUCACUCCCCUUUCCUUAUGAAGAUGCCGAGGACGUUGUACAGUCCAAGCCAAAGAAGAAAGGCCCAACCAGAAUUCCUUAAAGGAUGGAAAGUGGUUGAUUGUUAAACUCGGAAUCUAGUCUUCAGUGUGUUUGGUCUGCAUUGUCUACGCAGAUAUAUCGUGCGAAUCUGUGUUUUUCUCAUAUAU